CAUGCCAACACACAAUUUACUAAUUUAGCACCAUUUCACGUGGGGGUGGCCACCAACAAAGCCACAAUCACUCCCGAAAAGAAAAGAAAAGAAAAGAAAAAAAAGACCACAAUUAUACCAAUCACAACAAUGUCCCAAUCAGAAAAAAUCCAUGAAAUAAUAACACCACCACGUAGGCAUCAAUUAUCAGACAAUCUCAUUAGUAAUUCCACCACCCACAGAACACAAGCCCGCACCGCUCGUUGGAUUCACCUCGAUAUUCCCUCGAACGCUUUCCCUGUUUUUCCUUCCGACCAUCUGUUCGACAAAAAGCGUGACCCAACUCCACACACGCUUAUUAUUAUUCUACUAUUCCCCCACCUCUCCGCUUCCUCUCUCAUAUCAUUUGUCAUGUCCCCUUGUCCCUCUUUUAAUCCUCUGCCGGCCUAAAUUCUCUCAAAAUUAGAUUAUCUGAAGGGGUCAAACCCGAAGUUAUAGCAAUGGGCCGUGGGAUAAAGCUCGAAAAUUUGUGAAAACGAUGCUUUUCUCCGCCGGUUGCGUGUCUUGGCUUGUGGGUUCUCUAUAUGUAUGUUUUUUUUUGGGAGUGUAUUAAAGUAACGUGUGGAGUAUGGACCAUGCUGUUGCUGUCUUGUGUCUUGUAGGGGAUAUCAAGAGCAGUGAGCUAGUCUUUUUGUGUGCAAGAAUUACUGGGGACUCAGUGGCUUAGCUGUAAAGUGGUGCGAGAAAGGGAAAGAGAGAACCCUGAACGUAAAAAUGAUUACUUUGAUUGAUUUGUGCUCAGAAUUUACUUAAUUUUGGAGGGGUGAUUUGGGUUUGACUCAUUUUGACUCUGUUCUUGUGGUUGCUAUGGUUGGUGGCCUGCCCUGACUUUAUUCUUUAGGAUGGGGUUUAUUUAAUUUAAUCUGGUGAUAGGACUUAUCUGGUCCUCUGAUGCUUCUUAUUCAAUUCAAAAGAGAGCGAAAAACAGAGGAAGAGAGUUAAAUUGGACUGAACUGAUUGACUAAUUGUUCUUAUAGAGGAGAAGGUCUGUUGAGUCCUCAGGGGGGGCAUUGAUAUGGCUCCUGCAGCAAAAGUUACUGGUUUCCGCCGUGAAGGCAAUGACUGGUUCUAUAAUGCAACUCUACCAAGUGACAUAACUGUGGUGGUAGAUGGUGUUAACUUCCAUCUUCACAAGUUUCCACUGGUAUCAAGAUGUGGGAGGAUUUCCAACAUAAUCGAAGAAUCUGAAGAAUCCACUGAUGGGAAUUUCAUCACAACUUUUGAAGACUUCCCUGGUGGCAGUGAGACAUUUUUGGUCAUAAUAAAAUUCUGUUAUGGUGGGCGGGUGGAAUUUACAGCAAGAAACAUAGUAAUGGUAUAUUGUGCAGCGGACUACCUUGAAAUGACAGACGAGCAUGGAGAAGAUAACUUAUUGUCAAAGUCAGAAGGUUUCUUCCACAAUAAUGUUCUAAAGAACUGGAAGGAUUGCCUUUUGGCUCUCCAAAGUUGUGAACCAGUAAUUUCAAGAGCAGACAAGCUGCAAAUUGUCAGUAGAUGUUUAAAUGCUGUCUCCGUGAUGGUUUGUACAGAUCCUAGUCUCUUUGGAUGGCCUAUGUUGAUGUAUGGUAGUUUACAGAGCCCUGGGGGUAGCAUUCUAUGGAAUGGAAUCAAUACAGGUGCAAAGAUCCAAAGUACCAUGGAAUCAGACUGGUGGUAUGAAGACAUUUCAUAUCUGAGUGUGCAUUUGUUUGAGAGGUUGAUUCAUACAAUGGAAGGAAAAGGUAUAAAACCAGAAAAUUUAGCAGGUGCUAUAAUGCACUACUGCAGAAAGUACCUUCCUGGUUUGGGCAGAUGGCAGGGUGGACAGAGUGGUAAACCCAGAACUGUUGCAAGUUUCAGCAUGACUCCAGCUGCCGUUGACCAAAAGGUUCUUUUAGAAAGUGUUACAAAGCUGCUCCCUGAAAAAAAGGGGACAUUGUUUUGCCGAUUUCUGUUAGGGCUUCUACGAGUAGCAUUGAUAUUGGGUGUCAAUCAUACAUGUCAGGACUCUUUAGAGAGAAGAAUAGGGGUGCAACUGGAUCAAGCUACUCUAGAUGGUCUACUGAUACCAUGUUACUCAGACUCUGAUACAUUAUACAAUACUGAUUGUGUAGAGCGAAUGAUUCAUCAUUUUAUGUCUUCUGAAUCGAGGCUAACUUCUCUAUCCCCAUCAUCUUUUGAUCUAGAAACAUCUCCAUCAUCAGGACCAUUGAAGAGAGUGGCAAAGUUGGUAGAUGGAUACAUUGCUGAGGUUGCUUCUGAUGUGAACCUGAAACCCAACAAAAUGCGUUUGCUUGCAGAAGCCUUGCCAGAAUCUUCAAGAUCUUUGCAUGAUGGAUUGUACCGAGCGCUGGAUAUUUACUUAAAGGAACACCCUUGGCUUCCUGAGAAAGAUAAGGAACAGCUAUGCAACAUUAUUGACUUUCGGAAGCUGUCCAUUGAUGCUUGUGCUCAUGCAUCUCAAAAUGAAAGGUUGCCACUCAGAGUUGUUCUUCAAGUGCUGUUCUUUGAGCAGUUGCAGCUGAGGGCAGCUCUUGCCGGCUGCCUCCAUGUCUUGGAUGCUGAAACUGCUCCUCCUGUUCCAAUGACUGUCCCGAGUGACAUGGCGGGUCAGAUUCUCCAGAGAGAUGGGUGGAUGACAGUUGCUCGUGAGAACCAGGUAUUAAAAGUAGACAUGGAAAGGAUGAGAUCUAGAGUUGGAGAGCUUGAAGAAGAAUUCACUAAAAUAAAGCAAGAGAUGAAAAGGGUGGCAAAGUCAUACAGCUCUAUCAGUUCUCCUCGUUUCAUUGCAAGGAGGAUGGGAUGCAAUCUGCUUCCCCAGUCUUCAGAAGCUCAAACAGAUGUUGUUGAAAGUACAGCGCCUACUCCUAGGGCAUCAGGUGAGCAUGGAAGACUUUCCCUUCAGUCAAGACACCGCAAAAGUUUCUCUUUGUUUUGAAAAAUCGUGACAUUACCAAGUCUUCUUAGAUACCCUGAUAGUAACCCUGGAAGGUUGGGUCUGAGCUCGUUUCUCAUGAUAUAAUGUGUAUAUUGAGGUGCCAAGUCAUUCGCUGUCAAGAUGUUCUUUGACUUUUGAAGGCUUGAAGGAGGUACUGAUUUGGUGAAAUAUAAUGCAAUUUUCUUGGAAAAGGAAGGAAGGAUAAUUUGAAGACAAAUUAGUAUUCGUUCUCAAAAAGUUUGGCUGACAUUCCGUUCUCAACAUUAGUAUAGGCGAGUAAAUACAUUAAGUCGACUCUAGAGAGGGAAAAAAGGAGGUAUAUCAUUUAUAGUUUUCAGAUUCUUUUGGGUUCAUACAUGUACAGCUCCAUUUGAUAGGAUGUGAUUUUGUAAGCAGGUGAAAUUUUGGUUGAUUUGGACAGAAACUCUGUCCAAGUCAAUUGAUCCCUAUGUCUGAAAUGUAGUAACAAUCUAGUGACAUGUUCAUCUCAUGAAAUUUUCAGAUUAAAAAAGUAAAUAGUCAAGCUGCUUAACCCAUGUAAA